UACAGCUCUACUUGAUUGGUGGCUACGGGAUCGACUAUACCUUCCCGAACCAGACUGAGAUGUACGAUCCACAAACGAACAGAUGGACUCAAGUCGCUGACAUCCCCACCCCUCGCGGGGACCUCAUGUGCGCCUCGCUCAACGGCCUCGUCUAUGCCAUCGGGGGCUACUACGAUUCUACGAAUCAAUUCCUUGCCAACCAAUUUUCGUUCAAGAAUGAGGUUUACGAUCCUAGAACCAACAAGUGGACCACCAAGGCGCCCAUGCUCACGGCCCGGGGGGAUGCGGGGAUCGCUGUCCUGGACAACGACCGUAUUCUGGUGGUGGGAGGCGAAGGGCACAUCCGCAACGACUCCAACAUCAAGGUGCCGAGGCACGUCAACGAGGUGUACUAUGCUGUUGACGACGUGUGGGUUCAGAAGGGCAUGAUCCCCACCGCUCGUUUCCGCUGCGGAGCCGCUGAUGCGGGAGGUUUAGCAUUCGUUUUUGGGGGCGCCGAUCUGUGCCCCGAUGGUAACCUAGGCUGCCCGGCGCAAACUACCGUAGAGGUCUUCUUGGAUGUGGUACACCCCCGCAUCUACAUGUACCUGAAGGAUCAACCGGAAGAGUCGGUAGACAUCCCUGCAGGCACGAACCAAAUCUAGGGGCCUGCCUAGCCGGGCCCCGGGGUCUCUGUGAGACCCCUUUUGUUGUUUCUUUGCAUGAUUGAUUAGAUAGACUGAGUAUAGUUGCACGUCUCGUUUGGCAUCCGCUGGUAGGAGGCCCUCGCGCGCUUUCGACGUAGGCCCACGAAGCUUGUAUAUUCUUUGCACAUAGAAUGCAAGCUAGCAUAACCGGCAACAAUCUGUCAGGAUCUGAUUGAGCUUGAGGCUGUAGUGCUGAUGUCACCAAACCGUCGGUAAAAUUCUCUUCAAAGCUGCACCAACCCCUACGACGCACCUUAAAUGUGUUUUUCACAUCGGUGG